AUGGAAUCAAGUGGUCAAUGGGACCCUCGAUCGGCUGACGGGGCCGCCGUCGCCUAUCGAUCGGACUUGCCUCCAGAGUGAGUUUCGGCAGCACCUUUCCAAGUAAUAGUAUCAUGCAGCCAUCUCAUCCGCAUCACUGACCCCAUCGAUCUUCCUUGUCAACACUGCCUUGCCAGGUCGUCGGCAUAUCCGCCCAUCGAGCCAGGUUAUCAGCCCGAGGCAGCUCAGGGACAUUACUCCGGCGCUGCUGGCUUCUCUCCAGGCUACAAAGGAGGCUCGUCUGCGUAUGCUGCCCCGCCGUCCCUCGACACUCACCCUUCCGCCGCCCGCAACGGGUCUUUUUCAUCCGCCUCGAUCGCAUCGCCAAAUGACUAUGGCUCCUCUUGGACCUCAUCCCCUACGAUGUCCCAGCCAGGCACCCGCAACAACUCCAUCUACUCGCUCGAUGGCCACAUGACGAGUGCAAAUCUCGGCGGCGGCAGCGGUGGUGGUGGUGGUGGUGGCCUGUCAUCGAUGGACAGUCGCUUUGCCCCGACUCAGAAUGGCUACAUGGUCGACCGACGCUUUUCUCUUGACGAGCGUGCGCGGCCAUUGGGCGCCUCUUUGCUGCCGCAUCGAGCACCACAGUCGGCGGCGGGCCUCUCGUCGAUGGCUGGCGGCCGGCACUGGCCCUGGGGUGGCGUCAACAAUGCCAUUGGCAACUCGUCGGGCUCUUCUUCUUCAGGUUCCUCUACCACUCAAGGUAGAGCGUCCUACGACUACGGAUACGCAGCCAAUCGACAGGUGCAGGCUGCUGGACCAGGCGCAGGCUAUACGACGAGCUACGACUCCUUCAAUCCCUCCGUUGCGCCUGGCGCUGAUCCUGGUAUGCGCUUCAGAUCAGUCAGCUCAAGCGCAGCCAGCGGUCGGUACGCCGGGCCAGGCGGCCCUCUUGGCGCCGCUUCCGCAAUGGGUCUCGCUCCUCCUUACGAUCCACUCGAUGGCGCUCAUCAUCCAGUGGGUCCCUCCGUCGGUCCAGGAGGCGGCGUCACCCGUCGAGCCAAGUUCAAGCGAUCCCGCACCGGGUGCCUCGUCUGCCGAAAGCGCAAAGUCAAAUGCUCGCAAGACGGCACGCCCUGCAAGCAAUGCCGCAUCGGCAAGCGCGACUGCUACUACGAGGACAAUCCACCCAAGCGCAAGAGGAAGGGCAAGGACUCCAAGGAGGACGAUUCGGAUCUAGGGGCUCCAAGUCCAGCGCAAGCGGGGGCGCAGGCGGCAUGA